AUGCUUUUCCUUCUUUAUAUUCCUCCUCCUUCUGUCUUUCUUUCUUUCUUUCUUUCUUUCUUUCUUACAUUCUUUCGCUCGUUCGUUAAUGAUUUAUUUCUUUUUAGCCCUUUCCUCUUUAUACUCUUUCUCGUCUUUCUUUCUUUCUUUCUUUCUUUCUUUCGCUCGUUCGUUAAUGAUAUUUUUUUUAGCCUUUUCCUCUUUAUACUCCUUCUCGUCUUUCUUUCUUUCUUUCUUUUUUUCUUACAUUCUUUCGCUCGUUCGUUAAUUAUUUAUUUCUUUUUUAGCUUUUUCCUCUUUAUAUUCCUUAUCGUCUUUCUUUCUUUCUUUCUUUUUUUCUUUCUUUCUUUCUUUCGCUCGUUCGUUAAUGAUAUUUUUUUAGCCUUUUCCUCUUUAUACUCCUUCUCGUCUUUCUUUCUUUCUUUCUUUCUUUCUUUCUUUCUUUCUUUCUUUCUUUCUUUCGCUCGUUCGUUAAUGAUUUAUUUCUUUUUUAGCUUUUUCCUCCUUAUACUCCUUCUCGUUUUUCUUUCUUUCUCUCUUUCUUUCUUUCUUUCUUUCUUUCUUUUAGGGACAUUUCCUUUCUUCUUUAGCUUUCGUUUAUUAAUGUGCUCCCCGUUUUUCUUUCUUUUGCUUGUGAACGUUUUGCAAUCUUUUUUGGUUUUCGUUCAUUAUUAUUUUCCUCGUUGUUCUUUAUUUCUUUCGUUCUUUCGCUUUUGCUUUUUUAGGUUUUCAUUCCUUACUUUUAUACUUGUUUUCCUUUCUUUCUUUUACGAACUUUUUCCUUCUUUUUUGAUGGCGUUCAUUAUCAUCCUCAUCGCUUUUCUUUCUUUCUGUCUUUUUUGGUCUUUCGUUCGGUUAUUCAUUUUUUGA